AUGAUUGUGGACUUCAGGAAGAGCACUGUCCCCCCGCCCCCACCCUCCGUGAUGGACUCCCCCAUCACCUCUGUGGAGUCCUUCCGUUUCCUGGGCACCACCAUCACCCAGGACCUCAAGUGGGAGCCGACCAUCAGCUCCCUCAUCAAGAAGGCCCAGCAGAGGAUGUACUUCCUGCGGCAGCUCAGGAAAGCCAAGCUGCCUGCACAGAUGCUGGUGCAGUUCUACACGGCCAUCAUCGAGUCCAUCCUCACCUCCUCCAUCACCUCCUCCAUCACCUCCUCCAUCACCUCCUCCAUCACCGUGUGGUUCGCUGGAGCCACAGUCAGGGACAAACAGAGACUACAGUGCAGUGUGCGCUCUGCAGAGGAAGUGAUCGGCCGCAGCCUUCCAUCGCUGCAGGACCUAGACAAGGAUCCGGAGCAGCUCCUGGCAACAACAAGACGUCUGAAGCACAAGGGGGGAGGCAGGGGGGAGGCAGGGGGGAGGCAGGGGGGACGCGGGGGGGACGCAGGAGGGGACGCAGGGGGGGAGGCAGGGGGGACACAGGGGGGGACGCUGCAGGAGAUCAGUGUAAGAUGGAGCGUUUCAGAGCGAGUGACUUUAGUCGCCUGCAGUUGUUCAGGUCUUGAUGAGCUGAUGUUGCACUGGACCUGGACUGAAUUGAACGACCUCCUGUUCUCCCUCUGCGCAGCCCUGACUCUGUAA